AUGGAUCCAAGUGCUUUAUUCGAACAAACUAUAAAUGAUGUUUCCAAUCUACAAGCUGAGUUUAAAUACUUACUAGAAGAAAUAAAGAAUCAUGAUAAUUCCAUAUAUGAUAUGAAAAGUCAUUAUAAUAAAUUAGAUUCAGAUAUUCAAAAAUUUAUUAAACAGAAUGGUUCACUGAAGGAGUACCCAAAAGAAGCUGAAGUAACAAAACAAAUAAAAAAUGAGAUGGAGAAAGCAAAAGAUAUACAGAAAAUUAAAGCCAUGAAAGCCAACACCAUGCUAUAUUUAAUCACAAAACAUUUAAAGAAAUUAGAGAAAGGUGUAGAACUAUUAGAAGAUGAUGGUCUUUUAGUGCCACUCGAAGAAGAAUUGGAUAGUGAUAUGGAAACUUCAAGAGGUGCUUCAAUCGCUAGUGCAACUAGUACAGAAAAGAAGAGAAAAGCAUCGACACCGUUAGGAACGACUGGUGAAAAUACGAAGAAGAAGAGACAAACUAACCGUCUAUCUUCAAAUAAAUUAGAAAAUACCAAAAGUAAUAUAAAAGAGGAUAUCAGACCCCCUAAUGGCGUUGGUUCAACAGAAGGCGCUGAAUCUACUUCACUUGCGACAAAGAAUUCUGAAGUUUAUGGGUUAGGUGAUAUAAGUUCAGCCAAUAUAUUCACAGGAAUGAAUAAUGGUGGAGAUGAGGAAGAAGAUAAAACAUUAUAUUGCUUUUGCCAAAGUGUAUCGUAUGGCGAAAUGGUUGCAUGUGAUGGGGCUAACUGUAAGUACGAAUGGUUUCAUUAUGGUUGUGUUAACUUGAAUGAGCCACCUCAAGGUGCCUGGUAUUGUCCAGAUUGCAGGCAAGAGUUGGCCAAAAAUACUUUAAAGAAGAAACGUAGUUGA